AUUUUAAAUAAUUUCCAUUCAUUUAAAAUAUGUGUUCAUUUACACAUAAUUAAAACUGUAAAAACAACGCGGGUAAAAAAAUAUGUUAAACGUAGCGAUUUGUUAGUUAUAUCGUUGCGUGCAAAUUAUUCUCAUUUUAAUAUUUGUUUAGAUGUGAAGCAAACAUUAUCAUGAUUGAAGUUUUUAUAUUUGGUGUUUUAGCUUUAAGCAGUGUUUCUAGUGAAAAAGUUAUCGAAACAUUUGAAAAUGAAGAGACUGACCUCCUCAAACAAGGGUCUAAUUAUUUAUUUACGCCACAGCGUAUAUACUUUAAGGGUCAUAAUUCAUUGAACGAUGGCCACGAGUACAAUAUUUUAAACCAAAAUCCUAUUAUUCCUUUGGAGCAACAAAAUAUUGAUCGUGUGGUGAAAUAUGACAGCUAUGCCCAGCAUAGCAAUAGUCAUGGCUAUGAAAAUUUAGGCCCGAACAAAAAUGAGUACCUACCUUAUAGCCAUCCCGAUGGUCCAUUGGCUCAUACACAGAUUAUCAGUGAUAACAUACACGGGCUAGAAGUAACGAAAAAAAUACCAUCAAUGAAUCUAGACCAACCGUAUUAUAGAAUCCCACCGAAAAAUUCAAUUCAAUACUAUAAUCAUGUUCUAAAUGGUCAUGAACGUCCAAAAACCUACGAGGAACUAGCACUGAAGAACUUGUGUGUAGAUUGUAGCCACUAUCAUGGCAAUGAGUAUUCUCAUAAUCCGACUCUGUACCAACAUGAAAAAUCUGCCUUAAACGAGCAAUUGACAAAAGAUAUUUACAAUCCAUAUUUAAUACAUAAUUCUGAAAAUAACCACGGAUACCCACAUGAAUCGUACACAGAUGCAGAGUCAGAAAAGAAGCGACUUUUAGAUAAAGUUAACUACAUUUAUUACCAUGGUAAAGACAUUCAAUAUACCAAACCUUCACAAAAAAAUACAAAUCAUUACUAUGACAAACCUGAACCAAAUCAUGAAAACUACUAUGGUAAUAAGAAUGAUGCAUCUGAUCGAUACACACCUAAUGUUGAAGCAUUAGUUUAUCCACGUAGCAAAUAUGAAUACGAAAACAUUAAUACCACCAAUAAUGAUACUAAAACCAAUCAAAAUAUUUACUUUAACCCAUAUUUUGACUUUGCACCUGAUGCUAAAACAGUUAAUCGCGACCACAACUCAUAUUCUGGGGACCUGACAGCUACAGUGUUGAAAAAUUUACUUUAUUCUAAAAACAAAUAUCCCAGCUCAUAUUUUAAUGCACAUACGAAUGAUUUGUAUAAUUCAGAACCUAAACACUUUUACAAUAACUACACACAUGAAAACUAUGCUCCUCAUAAUUACAGACAAAUGAAUAAUGAAGUUGAAGACAUCAUUAGAAUGCAAUAUCCGAAGAAUAAUUAUAACCAAUAUAAUGUACAUUCCAAUAGUUUAUAUCAUAAUGGAUACAAAAAUGCCUAUCAUGGUGCCAAUGUAAAUAAUACACCUAAUAGACACUUUAAAGAUAUAGUUGAAGAAGUGAACAGAAUAUUGUCUUCACGUAAGAAACAUGUCCCCUACAUAAAUGCUUAUUAUAAAGACAACCACGAACACAUAACGGAUGUACAUGAAUUGGGUCCAAAGAAACAUCUAGAGCCGUAUGUAAACGAUUACGCCGGUGAACGCUUUAUCGAUCCUAAAAACAUUAACAACGCCUACGGGCAACUUGAUAUGCAUCAACACUACAAACAUUUUAAGGAUGUCGUUGAAGAGGCUAAAAAACUACUAGAACCUAAAAACAAAUAUGACGCUUAUGCAAACGUCCACGUUUCUGAUUUCGAUCACUCUAGACCUCGUGAAAGACACUAUGGAAAACUCACACAUCCAUUCGAUAGAACAAGUGUUGGUGUUUUACAUCCUUACAAAGUUAGGCCAAACCAUUACAUUUUACCAGAGUACAGACGCUACCAAUCACAAUAUAAUAAUCCCCCAAGGAAUUUUAAUCAUCAUGGAAACUUAGCAUACUGAAGUCGUUCUUUGCCGUAUCGUAUUGCGUAGUCGUAUUGAGGAAAUUGUAAUCUUAAAAUAAAUAAUAAGUCAU